AUGGUGCUUCUAGCCAAAGCCAUUCAGGGUCCGACCCAGAAACACCCAGAGUAUCUCGAUAACAUCCUUGCUACUUUGUGGCUGAUGAUAAUUUACGAACAACGCUACGGGGAUGGAUGUGGAUUGGGUCUGAUCGCACACUUAAAGGGGGCAGCCAUGUUCCUACAGCAUCGAUUGAGUAAUUUGCGCGACCUGUUAGAUCGAAGCUUUUCGGAGGCCGACGAACACUGGCACAUAUCUCCCUUCGCUGGCCGCAUGAUAGUCUGGAUCGCGUUUCUAGACGCGAGCGCCGAGUCACACCAACUCGGGGGUGACUUUAACCGAGCUCUAGGCGCAGCUAUGACCGGAUUGGCGGAAAAUGGAAUCUUAUCUCGACUUCGAGGGUUCACUGCAAUCCAUCGCUACUCGGUAACACUACCUCUUAGCAUCUGGGGGCCAGAGUAUCCGCAAACUCAGUUCCUAGAAGACCUGGAAAGUAGGGAAAUUUUUUAUUGCUAUGGAGAGUGCGGCCAGAUGCGCCACGUGCUGGCUCAAUUAGCCGAUGUAUACGAAAACGACCCGCUACAGAUGGACCCGGUUCCUGUCGCGCGGGGGCUGCACGACAUUGGCCAACGAUAUAGUGAGAUUCUGGGCGCUGCUCGACGGCUGGAUCUGGCUGUCGCCGGGGAUCGAAAGCGUUUUGUGAUUAAUAUUCGCUUUGUCGUGCCUUUCUACCAUGCGGUGUUGCUUUGGUACUUUCGGAUUACCGCCGUUGCCAAGCCAUUCAGAUUUGAGGACAAACAGUGCCGAGCGCUCGAUGAAAUUUUCACCAUAGCAUAUCAGGCUUAUCGAGACGAGGGAGAAACAGCUAUGGCACGUAUUGCGUGGCCAUUAUUCAUGGCUGCAAUAGAAACAGAUGACCUGGCCCAUCAGGACUGGGUGUCGCGACGCUUUUCGCAUCUUCGACACCAAGGGGAAAAUUACCGACGAGCGGAAAAGGCCCUGCUUUUCAUUAUUUCCAACCAACAGAUUCGUAAAGCGCGAGUAGGGCUGGUUUCUGAAUUUCAGUCUGGUAAAUUGGAGCGAUUUAUGAUCUGA